AUGUCUACGACCCUCGGUACCACCAUGGACGCGCAGCGCUCGACAUUGGGAAAGCCAGUUCCUCCGUUCACCGCGCACGCGAUAUCUGUGUCACUCCCGACCUGGGAUGACAACGUCGGCUACGAGGAGGGAGCCAAGCGUGUGGUUGAUACAAUGGUGAUUGGGUAUCCACGAUUCUUCAUUCAUCUGAGCAUCCAAAAGCUAGCUACGAUUUGCGAACAAAAGUUUGGCACGCACGGCGAGCGAUGUUUGCUAUGCCCCACGCGCAAGGUCGCAGAGGCCUGUCGUGCCUUCAUGGUCGAUCGCUCAUCUAGUACCGGGUCCGCCGUCCCAGUGCGCCUUGUGCAGUUCCUCAUCUGCCCCGAGGACGACGUCGAAACCCUCAGUCAAUGCAUCGAGCUUCACAUCGCUCUCUUCCCAGGUGACGCCUUCCCGCUAGCCAAGCAGUUCUGGCAGCACACGGGUAGCUGCGUCUCGAGUCGGCGGGCAGAGCGCUGUCUCGCCAUGCUCGGAGAGUCUCCCGGGGUGGAUGGCGCAGGGAUCCCCUCGCUCGCUGUCUCCCGCCCACCCACUCGCGUACCGAACAAACACUACUCCAAAAAGAGCUUUGGCAAGUCUCCGCCUCGCUCACCAAGCUCAUCCCACUUCCGCAACGGCCCAUUCCGGUCGCCAGAGGAAGUACUGAAAGCGGACGAGAUGCUCAGUGCAGAUCAGAGUACAUAUCUGGAAGAGAGGUAUGGGCGCAACCUGCCCCUUGAGUCCGCUGCUGCUUGCAAGCGUGCGCUCCGCCGCAGGAUAGCAGGCGUUCUCGUGAGGGACACGCCGGAUGACUGGUCGAACGCUGGUGGCAACAAGGCAGAGAUCGGUCCCAGUACCAGGGGUGUGGACGAUGUCACGGAGGACGACGUCUUCUUGUUCCCCACUGGUAUGUCGGCGAUCUGGCAUGCGCACCAGCUUGCGCUGGCGGCGCGACCUGCUGCCAAGAGCGUAUGUUUCGGGUUCCCAUACACGGACACGCUGAAGAUUCUGGAGAAGUGGGGUCCCGGUUGCUGGUUUCUGGGUAACGGACUGGACCAGGACAUCGACGAACUCGAGGCCAUUCUGGAGAAAGAGGCUGCAGCAGACCAAUCAAGUCCACCAGCCCUCGCUCUCUUCACGGAGUUCCCGUCGAACCCGCUCCUCCGAUGCGCUGAUUUGCCUCGCCUGCGCGCUCUGGCAGACAAGUAUGACUUCCUGAUCGUCGUGGAUGAGACAAUCGGGAACUUUGUCAAUGUGGAGGUACUGCCAUACGCAGACAUCGUCGUGAGCAGUCUGAGCAAGAUCUUCAGCGGCGACGCAAACGUCAUGGGCGGAAGCUUGGCCCUCAACCCUCGAGGGAGGCACUACGCCUCUCUGAGAGCCAAGAUCACCGACGUCUACGAAGACGUCUACUUCGACGAAGACGCCGUCUACAUGGAGCGCAACUCUCGCGACUUCCGGCAGCGCAUCCACACCAUUGACGAUAACGCGCUCGCCGUCUGCUCCUUCCUCCACUCCCGCUCGCUCGCCACGUCGCCACCGCCCGCGCGCGCGGUCGUCAAGCGCGUGUACUACCCCAAGUACGAGACGCCACAGCACUAUGAGCGCUGCCGCGUGCCCGGGGGCGGGUAUGGCGGGCUCUUCAGCGUGACGUUCACGUCCGCGGCGGCGAGCCGCGCGUUCUACGACACGCUCGGGUGCCAUAAGGGCCCGAGCCUCGGCACGAACUUCACCCUCGCAAGCCCGUAUGUCAUCCUCGCGCACUACGCGGAGCUGGACUGGGCGGCGCAGUUUGGCGUUGAACAGGGCCUCGUGCGGGUGAGCGUCGGCUUGGAGGACAGGGAGGCACUGUUGAAGGACUUUGGACGCGCGCUGCUGGCGGCGGAGGCGGCGCUGGACAGUGCUGACGCAUAG